AUCCGAACGAAGCUCUGUAGUCGCAUUUCUCAAAGCAUUCUUUCACUUUCGACUUUCAUUAAACGUGUUCGCGGUUGAAACUUGAAACCUCAUUCAAGAUGUCGUCGAAAGUAUCCCGCGAUACCUUAUACGAAUGCGUGCAAGCAGUUUUGGACAAAUCAAAGGAGAAGAAGAGGAACUUUUUGGAAACCGUCGAAAUCCAAAUCGGUUUGAAGAAUUAUGACCCCCAGAAGGACAAGCGUUUCAGUGGAACCGUCAAGCUCAAGAACAUUCCCAGGCCAAAAAUGCAAGUUUGUGUUUUGGGAGAUCAACAACAUUGUGACGAAGCCAAAUCCAACAAUGUUCCUUUCAUGGAUGUUGAAGCUCUCAAAAAGUUGAACAAAAACAAGAAGUUGGUGAAGAAGCUCGCUAAAAAAUACGAUGCUUUCUUGGCUUCUGAAGCCUUGAUCAAACAGAUUCCCAGGCUCUUGGGUCCAGGUUUGAACAAAGCUGGUAAAUUCCCUGGUCUCCUGUCUCACCAGGAAUCGAUGACACAAAAAAUUGAUGAGGUUAAAGCCACUAUCAAGUUCCAGAUGAAGAAGGUGUUGUGCUUGUCUGUUGCUGUUGGACACGUUGACAUGACUACCGAUGAGUUGGUGCAGAAUGUACAUUUGGCCAUCAACUUUUUGGUUUCCCUGCUGAAGAAGCACUGGCAAAACGUUAGGUCACUCCAUGUUAAAUCUUCCAUGGGGCCACCACAAAGACUUUAUUAAGUAUUUGUUAAUCUUAUACUUGUAAAAUAUACAUAUAAGCUCUA